AUUUCUACAGUGGCAGUGAGCAUGUGAUCAAGUUUCCUAAAUAGGAUGUACAGAGUCACUUCUGGUUGGCCAAUCAAAUGCAUCCUUGUCUCUGAAGAGUGGAGACAAAAUGCAGAUUCUUUCCAUUCAGCACGACAAUUUGAACACGAUGACAUCUCCAAAGUUUCUCUUCUAUCUGAUGUGUUUGUUCUUCGGAAAAGUUUCUCAGACGACUGAUCCAAAACUCUCCUCAUCUCUUCAUCAACAGAGUAGUUUUGUAUCAGCUAAAACUGGGGAUGACUUCACUUUGAGAUGUUUGUAUGAAGGUGAUGUUGCUUCAAGGUUUUACUGGUAUAAGCAAACUCUGGGACAGAAACCAAAGCUCAUCUCUACAUAUGAUAAAUAUAAUGUAAAGAGGAUUUUUCAUGAUGAAUUCAAGAACAAUUCACGCUUCACACUGGAUAUGAAAAAUGGUAAACAUCACCUAAAGAUCACAGAUUUGCGUGCUUCAGACUCGGCUACUUACUACUGCGCAAGUAGCUUCACAUAUAGUUUUGAAUUUGCGGAGGGAACCGUAGUCAAUGUAGAAGGUUCAGGUUUGAAGGUCCCAGCUACGGUCCAUCAGUCAGCAUCUGAGAGCAUCCAGCCAGGAGGCUCUGUGACUCUGAACUGUACAGUACACACUGGGACCUGUGAUGGAGAACACAGUGUUUACUGGUUCAAGAAGUCGGAAGAAUCUCAGCCAGGACUAAUUUACACCCAUGGAGACAGGAAUGAUCAGUGUGAGAGGAAACCCAACACACAAACACACACCUGUGUCUACAAGCUGCCGAUGAAGAGUCUGAAUCUUUCUCAUGCUGGGACCUACUACUGUGCUGUUGCCUCAUGUGGACGCAUUCUGUUUGGAAACGGGACCAAGCUGGAGUUAGAGGAUGAGGUGGACUCUCCUGGUUUGGUGUAUUUCUUGAGCGGUGCUUUAACAUUCACCACCAUCCUGAGUGCUUUACUGGCUUUCUCAUUGUACAAGGUGAACAAGAGAAACAGCUGCCAAACUGCAGAGAACCAAGCAAGAUUUCCAUCUCCCUCCACAGCAAAUGCAGAGGGUUACCAAGAUACAGACAACCUCCAUUAUGCUGCUCUAAGUGUCAAUCUGCCCAACAGAUCGAGAAGGCAGAGGAACAACACCAACGAUGAAUGUGUGUACUCCAGUGUUAAACAAUAGAGCUGGACAUGUUUCAUUUGCAUUGUGUGAGUGAAAACGUAAGAUGUGUAAUGUAGAUAUUAAUAUAGAUCUUGAGAUAAGUUUUAUUAAGAUGCAGAUUCUUUGUUGUUUUGCAUUUUUCCGGUACAGUUAGGACAGGUGCAUUGCUUGCCUUAAAAAGCUCCUCUUGGGCUUCUCAUUUGUCUCUUUUUCUUAAUGCUUUAAUGUGAAUUUUGCAUUUCCAUGUACAUUUUGUAGCUAUAAUGAUCAAAUAAAUCUUAUUUCUACAUGAAAUACUUUAA